CUCCCCACCAUUUUCUUCUCCACUUCUCUCUCUUUCUUCUGUUUCACGAAUGAAACCUCAUCGGAACCUAGAUUCCAUGGAGAAUCUCCUCUGCGACGAAUCUUGGCUCUCUCCCUCUCAAGCCCUAGAAUCUUGCGGAAUCUUCCACCACAGCUCUUGUGACAACACUGAAGCCAUCUCUGUGGAUUUGGAGAGAGAACUCUCUUACACUCCCCGAGAUAAGUACGUGGAGCUUCUCGUCUCGAGGGACUUGACCCACGCAAGACACCGAGCGGUUCAAUGGCUCGUCGAGUCUCGGAUCAGAUUGAAUCUAUCAUUCGGAACUGUGUUUUCCGCUGCGAAUUGCCUUGACCGGUUCAUCUCUGUCAGUAGCUGCAAUCAGGAGUGGAAGUACUGGAUGGUGGAGUUGCUCUCCGUGGCAUGUUUAUCAACAGCGUCUAAAUUCAAUGAAGUUUCUUGCCCUACACUGCAAGAAAUCCAGAUGGAAGGCUUAGAUCACAAUUUCCGCAACGGCACGAUCCUUCAGAUGGAGAUGAUACUACUAAACGCUCUUGAAUGGCAUGUCGGCACCAUCACAGCCCAUUCUUUCUCCUUGAUGAUCAUAUCCGAUAUCGAAUUCUCGAACCAUUUUCUGGGCGAUGAGAUAAAAACCCGAGUCGCGGGUCAUCUGCUCGAAGAUUUAUCAGAUUUUAAGAUGCAAGAGUACCCUCCAAGCGUUGUUGGCUUGUCCGCCGUAUGGAAUGUUCUAGAAGAACUUUCUCUGUUGCCGUACUCUCCAUCAGUAGUUGAGAGUCUUGAACGGAUCAUGAAUCUCUUUGGUGAAGAACGUAAGGAGAAGGUUACAAAAUGCAUAACAAAGGUGAAAUCUCGGCAGAUGGAGCAGUCGUUGUCCGGAAAUAGAACAGCUUCUGGUCUUGAAAGCCCAGUAACUGUGUUGCCGAGGGAUCAAAAGAACAUUGAUGGGGCUAUAUCAGAUGGCCUUUUUGUAGAUCUCUCGAUGUUUCAGUAUGAAAGUGGGUGGAAGAAAAAGAGAGACAGAGAGUGUUACGAAAGCGGAACAUGUCCGAUCGAGAAAAAACGGUCUGACGAAGCUCUAUCCACCCUCGGGGAAUCAACGUGUUGAAAUGCGAUUUGAAG